ACUGGGUAUGCUUAAAAGACAAAUCACUCACAUCCGGAAAGAAGGGUUAUCAUGCUGACGAGUUUUAAAUACUAUUUAAGCCAAAGAUAUAUGAAAAAAAAUCUCUUGCAGGCAGUAUAAAUAUGAGAGAUAUAAUAGGGAUUUAGAAAAAGAACAAAAUCGAAAGGAGUGGACGUGAGUCUCCGGUGUGAACUCGUAUCUAAUGCAGGAAAAAUGUAAUGCAUAUAUAGGACCGUAGCAGUGAGACAUUGCUGUCCAGCAGAGGGAAGUUGUUGAAUACAAAUAGCAUGGAAAUUAAACUGAAACAAGGCGUACAGCGCAGCAAGGGAAACUGAAGUGAAGACGAUGUGUCAGAUUCCAUGGUUGCUGCCCAGAGUGUCAGACGAGGCGGAGAGCUGUGUACGCUGCGAACCAUAGAGGGCCACCGCCGCCAAGCAAAAGCACGGGUACUCCAGACCCAGAAGAUGACCGUUAGACCAUCACACUGAUCUAUCUCGAAUGGGAUUCGACGUGGUGAAAUCAAGAACUCAUCCUUCAAAGGCAGAACCAGCCGGAAGAUGGCCAGUCCCAUUCCGAAAAGCAACCCUGCCCUGAAACUGAAAGUGAAUUUGACCACCGUUCUUUGUUGAAUGUUACAUGGUGUAGAAAAACGGUCAGUCGCAGGUAUUACAUGUAUCACAGAUACUGCUGGUUUUGUUAUAUUAAAGCAAUAAUCGUCUAUAUUUGAAGAACCAAAUUAUAAUGGAAGAGCAGCCGCUUUGUGAAAACAACCGUCCGGAAGACAUCUAUUUCCCACAGCACAACUCCAUGGGGGUGUGUAACAUGAACUAUGGCGUGCAGCCCAUGGUACCGGCUCAGCUCUCUCCAGCCUCCCCUCAGUACUUCCAAGACCAGAUGGAAUCUCCUGUCACGCCUGGGCAGGACUUCAGUUCUAUAGUGGAAGGCUCCAAACCCGGGGGGGCAUGGCCUAGCAGCAAUAACAGGAAGAGCAUCCCGAACCUGUGGGGCUCGCUCGCUCAAGGUGACGCCCUGGAGAUGAGCGAAAACAACAGUAACGGGGGCUACCAGUUCAGCAUCCUGGCCUCGACGGAAUCACCGGCGACCCCCAAGCAUGCCGGCAACUCUCUGCCACGCCUCGAUUCCUUCAACCAGGUCUUUGCCAGCCAGAACCUGCGAAUCCUCCAAGGAGGGGGUGGCGGCAACAAGGGGUCCCGGCUGCUGGUGUCUGGCCCGAUCUGCACCCCCACGGACAGCGCCCUGCGCCAGCUGCUCUCGCAGAAGUCCUCGCAGCUGGAGCAGUCGAGCAUGCAGCCGACAGGGCCGCAGCACAGGUACCCCCCCAUGGGACUGUCAGCGUCAAGGAGCUACGACCAGACACAGUCCAAGCUCAUGCAUGAGCAUGAACAGCAGCAGCUGCAGUAUGACUACCAACACCAACAACCGGACGAGUACUACAUCCAGCAGGGGGCACUGCAACAGGCGCAGGUGUCGGAAUGCAGCCGCUCGCUACAGCAGUUCCACCAGCAGCCGCAGCAGCUCGACUACCAGCAGGGGGCGUACUACCAGCCGCAGGCUCACUUGGCGGCCCAGCAGCCCAUGCCGAGUCCCUCGUUCCUGCCGGGCUACGGUCAGAACUGUAAGAUCUCCCAGCAGCAGCAGCAGUUCAUGCAGGCCAGCCCGGCCCACCCCAGCCAGCAGGCCCAGCUCUACUUCCAGGAGGAGCAGAAACCCAGGCCACUGUACCACCAAAGCAGCCCUUACCUGCAGCAGCCCCAGGGCCACAUCCAAGACGAGGUUCACGCGCUGCCAAGCAAGCAGUAUCACUCUGACUCAAACUGUGCCCUGCCCAGCCCGAGCCAGCACACGCCCACCCACCCAGCUCAUAGCUUCCUGUUCCCCAGAGACCAUAGCCUGGCCUGUCAGGAGCCCACCAUGCCUCUGGCCGGCACCAUCAGCCCUCUCCCCCAGAGCCAUGCGCCGCAGAGGGACGUCCCCCCCAGCAUCCAGCAGGCGAACUGCAAAGCAGGGGGUCAGCAACUGCACUCCCCCAGCUCAUCAUGGCUACAGAUGCGCUUACCAAACUACCAGGACGAUCCACUGUCUCCUGACCACAGUGUUGUGGUCAAACCAGAGGUGUUGCAGAAGGACGACAGCAGCAACAAGCUCCUGUGCUCUACCUGCAAGAAGGUGUUCAAGAGUCUGCCGGCCCUGAAUGGCCACAUGCGGUCUCACGGGGGCUUCCGGGCUCUGCCCACACCCAAAACGCAGAAGGAAGGGGGCGCUCCUCUGCCCCGGGAGGAUGAGCCUGCCCGCCCAGUCGUCAUGCCUGUCUCUGUGCCUGUCAAGCUUCAGCCCGUUGUCACCAAGUUGCCCCUCGCUCCUCACUGGCCCAGCCCUGACAAAGGCCCCACCAACCGCACCGGGCUGUCUCCACAGGUGCCUUGGCCAUGCUCUGACGGGCCCCAGAUACAUGCCGCUUCCUCUAUGUUAAAAAGCGAGAGAGCCAGAGAGGUAGAGGGUCAGGCAGCCAGGCCAGUGAAGAAGAAGAACCGGCAUCGGCUGCAGCCGCUGGUCAUUCCCACAUCCAGCCCCAGCUCGGCCGCCAGAGUCACCAUCCUGUACCAGAGCCAGCUGCGCUCCCCGCACAUUGCGGGCGACUCCAGCUCCUACACGCCGCCCCCCAUGCUCAGCCCUGUCCGACAAGGAUCUGGCCUCUUCAGCAAUGUUAAAACAGCCCCAGGGCCGCCGGGAGGGACCCUCAACCCAGUCCCUCCACGUGUGAUCAUCUGCAAAACAAAUAAUGCUUCUGGAAAUCUUAUAUUGACAACACUGGGCCCGGGAGAGAAGCCUGUGGACAUUGAACCGCGGAUCAACAUCGGCCCCCGUUUCCAGGCUGUGAUUCCCGACUUGCAGGAACCAUGCCAGGUGGAAAAGGACGUACACAAGGCUGGCCUUCUGUGGACCCCCUGGCCGGACUUGGACAGCCCAGCUACCCAGCAGAAAGUGGACGAUCUUGUGAAUAUGGCAUGUUCCAGCAUACUGCCAGGAGGGGGCGCCAACACUGAACUAGCACUCCACUCUCUUUUUGAAUGCAGAGGGAACUUCAUGGCAACCGUGGAGAAAUUGCUUGUGCUGAAGCCAGUGAGACACAAGUCUAACCCUCUUACAGGUUAUCAUUAUGCAGGGUCUGAUAAGUGGACAGUAGUGGAGAAGAAAAUGUUUAAUAAAGCCUUUACCAUACACAACAAGGACUUCUUUAUCAUACAGAAAAUGGUUAAAACAAAGACAGUGGCACAGUGUGUCGAGUACUACUACACCUGCAAAAAGAUAUCAAGUUUGGGCAAGAAACAGAAAACAUGCCUGUCUGACCUGGUCCCCGAGAGCUCGGAUGACUGGGCCGAGGCGGAGAUGGACGCGAAGAAGCCCCAGGAGCGGGAGCCCAAAGCCCUCAGGUCACCUGACCUGUCAGGCCCCCCCCCCAAUGGCACUGUGGUCCUGUCCAAGAGCACUUUUAUGUGUGAAGUGCCUGGCUGUGGUUUGAUCUUCUCCUCUAAGCCAGCCUUGAGCGGACAUGGCCGAAUUCACAGCAACCCGGGCACAUGCCCCAAGCCUGUCUCAGACAGAAACAAAGCCAAGGCACAGGCCCAGUCGGUAUCGAGCUCCCUGAAGAGCUCCCCGGCCCAUAGCACCACCAGUGGGGAGACUGACCCCACGCUUCUCUUCCCUUGCAAAGAGUGCGGCAAGGUGUUUUAUAAAAUCAAGAGCCGCAACGCCCACAUGAAGACUCACCGGCAGCAAGACGAGACGCAGGUCUGGAGGCUCCAGAAGCCACUGGGUCACAUGACCGUGGAGGGGGCACCUACCACCCCCCGCAUCCCUCAGGUGCCCAUGGCUCUCCUCCAGCUCCCCUUCGACCACAUGGGCCUGGUAAAGCGGCUCAGGGAGGAGAACGACCACACGGAGGAGGAGGAAGAGGAGGAGGAGGAAGAGGAGGAGGAGGGGGAGGAGAUGGGGAAAGGCUGCCCUCUUGUGGCACGUCCUGUGACGCAGCCGCAGAAGGGAACUGAAUGACCCCGUAGGCAGGAGAGAAGGCCUUGCUUCAGAAGGGAGGUCCUUAUUAAACACUUUUAGUGAGAGUCCAAAAAGCUGAAAGAGUGAAGGCAUUCAGGGUUUUAUUCUCUUUAUCUCAGGGUUGGUUUGGAUUUUGUUGUUCUAUGUUUUUAUAUUACAGCUUUUUGGACUUUUUUUAUACAGAAUAACAAAUACAUGAAUACGUUAAUGAGAUAUAUUAAGGAUUCUAGGUACUGAAUCUUUUUUAUGACUAUCGAACAUGGUUCUUAGCAUGUAAAGGUACAACAGUUCUCACCGUUCUCAAAACGGUGAUGUCCUAGACCAUUGUUUCCCAAUCUGGUCCUCAGGACCCACAGACAGUCCACGUUUUUGUGAACUGUCUGGCAGGGAGCUUGGAGGGAGCAAAAACAUGGACCGACUGUAGGUCCACGAGGACCAGAUUAGGAAACACUGCCCUAGACAGAAGUUAGAAAACAGAGACCUGGUCAAAGAUCAAAACACGUAACUCCAAAUAAGAACUGAGGUAUCUGCCUACACAGCAGUUACCAUCUCCAGGAACUGCAGAUUUGUACCCUCCUGCAUCUUCCUGUUUAUCUAAUGCUUUAUCCUGUUAAAGUAUUGCAGAAAAAUCUUUUAUGCCGAUUCCUGCAUACUGCAUAAUUAUAAAUGUGCACAACCUGUAUGAUGAUGCAGAUGUCUUCCGCUCUAUAUACAUCACUGCCUUUCUUUAAUGUGUUUGUCAUUAUUGACAAGUUCACAAGAAUGAUGCACAAAUAGUCGCUGGCAUUCUUUAUUGCACUUGGGGUUAAACUUCUGCCAUGCUGUCCCCGCGCAUUCAAAUAAAGACUUUAUUUUUGGUACGAAAUAGGUCAUGAAUAUGAAUGUAAAAUCUUUAUUUUAAAUACAUAUAAAUUUAGCCAGUAGGGCGUAAUAUUCCUUUUCUUUGUUGCACUACUGAAAAAAAAAUAUAAAAGACUGGUAUAAAGGCUAUUCAGUGGGUCCACCAAAAAAUGGGAAAUGAAUUUAUGUUAAUAUAUAAGAGAGACGUUUAUAAAAAGAAAAUUUCUAUUUCAGUGGUUUACAAUUUUUUAAUUUUGCGGUAAUGCGAUUGUAUAUUUUAUUUAUCUCCUCCUAUAUUUAUUCGCAUUUACUAUGAUUUAGGAAAAGCCUAUCAUUCAGUUGGUUGCCAGUUCCAAAGCCAAUUCAUUUCUUUCCAGUCAAUGUUACAUUGUUGAAGUUAACAGUGUAUAAAUGUUUAUAUGUUUCCUGGGGUCUGUAUCACAAAGCCAGAUUUAAGGUACCCCGGUUUAGAUGGACUGCUGUUCACUUACUUUUAGCCCUGACCACCUUAAAUACGACCAGUUAUAUGGGAAGCAAGAAAUCCUGCUUUGUGAUACAGGUGUUUUACUCUGUUCAGAAAGUUGAAAAUACUGUACUUCAAUUGCAUUUUUUAACCAAGUAUUAUUUUCACUGUAGCGUAAUACCAAAACUCUCACAGCCUCAAGGUGUUUACUUGAAUGUAACAUAUUUCUUUUAUUUACCUUCGAUUUUAUUCAGCACAAGUCUUACUGACUUCUUCGAAUGAGCACUUGUACACCAAGUCUCCAUUGUUUCCUUGGAUGGUUGGGUGAAAUUGUGAAUGAAAUUAAAGUAAAAAAUUACGUACAGCUACAAAUACAGUAUUGCAGAUUAAAUACUUUCUGGAUUGAAUUCUUUUUUUCUUUUCUAUUUUGGUUUUUGCUCCUGGCAUGUAGCAGGGAGAAAUAAGCAUAUGUCUUUAGUGUGUAUCUUCCUGUAGACAUUUGUUAUGUAGACACAGCAAUCUGAGGAGCACAGCCACUAUCCUGCACUGAGGUCUUUCCCUCUGGAAACAUACCUGCAGUUUCCAAAACUCCCUGUUCGAUACAGGGAUUAUAUUGCCCAAAGCAAUAUAAUUUGUCAGAUGGUGUCUCGCUGAACUCUCACUGGGAAUGGUCAAGCCUCACUGGAAUCAUUUGCAAGUGACCUGGGGGCGGAAGGAAACUUUGAUAUAGCCAAAGGAUGGUAAGGGCCUAUUUGAGUGGUCUUUCUAUGUAAUUUUUUUACACUUUUGUAGUUACCAAUUACCAUUUGUUUUGCAUGUUCCUUAACUGGAGAAACAGCCAGGUUGUGUUUAAAAUGAAUUGUUAAGUAAUUUAAUUAAAAGGAUAAAUAAAUGAGUGUCAUGCCUUGCGUCCGAGCCUCCCAUGUGCCACGCCCCCCCUCGCUACCUCGUGUGGAAUCCCCGUGUUACCAGCUAUGUCUAGUCUUGUUCAAUGUAGUCUGGUGUAUUUACAGUAAGUGCUUCCUUGUUCGUCUUCCCCUAGUCCUGUCAUUGACGUUGCUACCUGUUUUGCCCCGUGGGCCUUUGCUGUUUCCUCAAUAAACCACUCGUUUCCCCGACCCCCUGGACUCCCACUCCUCUAUCCCCGCUCUGUGCCCAUUCGCCGCGUAACAAUGAGCCCCAGGGCAUCCCUGUCAAAUGAUCGAAUACCACUGCUUUAGUUAUACCACAGUAAUAUGGAUAAUCAGAAAUAAUGGGAAAUUGAGAAAUUUCUGUUUUGUAAAAACUUAAGGUAAUAUAAUUACUUGUGUUUGUAUGCACGGUUGCCAAGAAAUUUCUAUUUCUUUUUACCUGGAUUUUCUUUGUUGUUUUGACUGAAAAGCUUUUGUACAGUGAAAUUAUCUUUCUUUGUAUUGAUAAAAAUAUUUUAACACCUUUUGAA